AUGAACACCUUCGUGGACACGGCAAGUGAGCGUUCGAGUCUGGACAUUCUGGAGCUGGGCCGGCGACUCUCACAGCUUUCCCGUGCCAAGGAGGCCGUGGCACUCAACAAUGUACACCACGUUCGCAUGUGUACGGCUUACGACCGAGAGGAACACGUGACGGUGUAUGUGCUGGACGUGUUCUUGCAGGUGAUACCGAGGGGUUUGCCCAAGACGACGGCUGCGGCGAAUAUGCACAUGCAGAGCAAGCGCGAACGCAGGCCGAGAGAGAUGCGUGAGAAGGACGAGCUGCACGCAGACUACCAGGUAGAGCACCGCUACUCAGCAUUUCGUCUGUUGCGUGAGCGCAUUCGUAAGACGGUGGCUGCGCCAAAGGACACAUCACACCCGCAAUGGUGUCCGUAUUGCUCACGGGUGCGAGAGCUUGUGAAUUCGGGCGGGUUCCCGUCUCGGUUCCCGAACCGCGGGCGGGUGGCAAUCAUCACGGGGUUGCACAAGCUGCUGGUGCGCACUAGAGAGCAGCAUUUAGAGGUGUUUGUGAACCGGCUGCUGACUGCCGCCAAGGACGUCUCUUAUCGGUCCGGGUGCAAUCCGUGCGGGCGCUUUGAGGCGGUGUCAAGGUUGCUGAGCGACUUUUUGAUGGAAAUUCACCUGUAUACAUCGGAGGCACGUGAUGACAAGGAAGAUAGCUAG